AUGGUCUUACCGAAAUUACGUCCACACUCUACCAAAACAAAUUUGAGACUUGUGAAGCGAAGUAGUGAACGGGUAAAGAACAGGUUUGACUCAGUUUUAAUAAGUGAAACAGAAUCAGAACAAGAGGAUGAAUGCGAUACGACUGAUUUUAAAUGUUCAAAUGACUCUCUUUGCGUGGAGAGAUCGCAAGUGUGCGACGGCUUCAAAGACUGCCCCGGCGGCGAUGAUGAGCUGCUGUGCACCAUAGGAUCUUGUAUACCUGCAGUUUUCAAGUGUGAUGGUGAGCCUGAUUGCACCGAUGGCUCCGACGAAAUUGAUUGCCCGAACAUGACAUGCCUUCCGGGACUCUUCCAGUGUCGCAAUAAGCAAUGUAUCGAGAUGAUGAGACGUUGCGACGGUCAACAAGACUGUCUUGAUACGUCCGACGAAGAAGACUGUGGACCACGUCGCGACGUUAUCGUGGUUAGUCAUUAGAUUAAGUGUGCUGUUUUUAAAACUACUAUAUUUAUAUUUAAUGAAGAAUGCUUAAAAUCCACCAGCCUCAAGUACCCCGAGAUGGGACACGAACCCACAACCUUUCGCAAAUUGGGGCUACUGCUCGAACCAUUAAGCUACUCGAAAACCAACAGGAUUGACGAUUUUUUCCAAGCGCUUCUUACUUUUUCGCUACUAGUGAUCGUAUUUUCAUCCAUGUUCAGGCAAACCACCUGUUUGGGUGGAAUAUUGAAAUAUCCCACGAAAAUAUGUUCAUGUAAAAUGUUGCCAAAUAGAGAGAUCAUAUGACUCGCACUAUCAAAACAUUCUAACUUUUACUUCACAAACACUAUGCCUUAUUCAAAACAUGUGGCUUGACCGUUCUGCUACCAUCAUAUGAACAUAAGGUGAAAAAUUUAUUUACUGUUCAAACGAAACGGCCAAGCCACAUAUUUUGAAGGAGGUGUUUGUGAAGUAAGGGCUUGUAGAGUUAGGGACUGUAGAAUUAGAAUCUUGGGAUAGUUAUAUAUAAAUCCUUUGUGCUUUUUUUGUUAUUAUUAUGAUUCCUUUAUUAUUAAAACACCUUCAAUGUACAGGAUCCACAACAUAAUUGCGAUGACGGAGAAUUGGCUUGUCCACUCAACAAGACAUUGUGCAUACCGUCCACCGCACGGUCAGAAUUAA